AUGCACUUCUUACUGAUUCUGGCAAUACUUGUACAGUUAAGUGCGAAUAAGGCUCCUAGCCGUGGAGACUUGAGGGUGUAUAAAGGACGGAACGACACUCAUAACGAGUUCCCGUUCGCUGUGCUUCUGCAAGGGAAGGACCCUCCGGUCAGGUUUUGUACCGGCAGCCUUAUAGCGGAAGACUGGGUCCUCACAGCAGCCCACUGCUUUCAAAUACUACCUAUUGUCAUCAGAUAUGGAGAUUUUACAAAGCCGGCAAACGAGACCACGUUGUACUCAAGUGCGAUCAAAAUAUACGCUCACCCUUCCUACCUUGAAUUACGUCAGUUAAAUGAUAUAGCGCUAAUUUUCACGGAAAAAAUACCCAUAAAGAACCUUCCUACACUGCUGGCGCUCGAUUAUAAAACUUUCUUCGGUCUUCAUGUUAAAUACGCGGGUUUUGGACAUUUUGGACGGCAAUAUCGGGCGACUUCGAAAGAAAAAAGAGAAACAGAAUUCAUUCCUCUUCAAAUUGGCGAGGGUAUUGUGGUCCCUUGUGCCUAUGAGGUGUUAUGUGUAGCGCCGAAGUGUUCAAACAGGAAGCAACAGGCUCGCCCGGGGGACUCCGGAGGGCCACUGGUGUAUGAGGGGCGAGUCAUAGGAGUAGCUAGAAGCAUGGACUUUGACUCUCCUAUUACACAUUAUACCCCUGUAAGCCUAUAUUUAGAAUGGAUUCAAAACACUACACGCUUUAAUGACGGUUAA